AUGGUAAUAUUCAAAUCAAAACAACCACCUAUCGAUUGGCCUACCAACUUGACGGACUGGGAUUGGCUCUUUGAUUCAACUUACUCCCCAAUCAACAAUUAUCCACCAAGCGAGCUUGCAGGCUUCCAAAACGCCAUCACGAAAGAACGUGUGAACUGGGCUGAUGUAAAGAGGUACUCUACAUACAUCUCUACAUCUUUAGUCAAAGAGUACAAUCUCAAAGAAGGCGAUACGGUGGCUCUUUUCAGUCAGAAUACAAUAUGGUAUCCGGUAGCGAUGUUUGCCGGGCUCCGUGUGGGUGCGAAGAUCAACGGUGCAAGCCCAGCAUACAACGUUGAGGAGAUGACGUUUGCACUCAAGACGGCGGAUGCAAAGUUCUUGAUGACUACAUCCGGAAGUAUGGAAAUUGCAUCCGCAAGCGCAAAGGCUGCAGGAAUACCUCAAUCAAACAUAUUCCUGCUUGAGGGCGAGCUACCUGGUUACACCACGAUCCAGGAUUUGAUCCGCAUGGGAAAAUCUUAUGGUGAGUCUGGGCAGACAGCUGCUUUCAAAAUCCCUCCUGGGAAGAAAAAUAAAGAUGUUUGUGGCUUUCUUUCAUUCUCAUCUGGAACAACUGGACUGCCAAAAGCCGUCAUGAUCAGUCACCAGAACGUUAUAGCGCAGUGUCUGCAAGCCCAGCAGUUAACGCCGGAAACGCAUAAGAAGGUCAUGGCUGUACUUCCGCUCUUCCACAUUACAGGCUUGGUUCAUCAGAUGCACCUCCCAAUUCUCAUCAACGCGGAAGUUGUCAUGCUUCCGCAGUUUUCAAUGGAGAAAAUGCUAGACGUCGUUGUCGAAUACCAGCUGAAGGAGCUUUUACUGGUGCCUCCAAUCAUUAUCCGACUAGUUCGCGACCCGCUGGUAGAUAAGUACGACCUCAGCCACGUUGUUCGCUUUUCUUCCGGCGCCGCUCCACUUUCUGAAGAAAUCAUCCACCAGUUGCAGAAGAAAUUCCCACACACGGGCUUCAAGCAAGGCUAUGGAAUGACUGAAUCAUGCUCUUGCAUUACUGCUCAUCCGCCCGAUAAGUAUGAUUACAAGUACGCCCACUCUGGAGGCGCUAUAGUUGCUUCUACCGAGGUCAAAAUCAUCAAGGACGAUGGCACAGAGGGAGAUAUUGGCGAGGAUGGUGAAGUGCUGGCUCGUGGACCCCAGGUAGUGAUGGGAUACCUCAACAACGAAAAAGCUACCCGGGAAACAUUUGAUGCAGACGGCUUCUUGCACACGGGUGACCGCGGAUCCAUCAGCGAGGAAGGCAUGAUUUACAUUUCCGACCGCAUCAAAGAACUCAUCAAAGUCAAGGGUAUCGGUGUUGCUCCAGCCGAGCUUGAAGAUUUACUUCUUGGCCACCCUAAAGUCGAGGACGUUGCUGUCAUGAGCAUAAAAGACGACUACUCUGGAGAGCUACCAAAAGCGUAUGUAGUGCUCAAACUGGGUGUCCAAGAGAGUACCGCAGUCGGUAAAGAAAUCAUCGCUUUCGUCAAGGAGAAGAAGGUUAGAUACAAGUGGGUCAAGGAGGUUGAGUUUAUUAACGAGAUACCGAAGAGUCCUUCAGGCAAGAUUUUGAGAAGAGUGUUGCGCGACAAGGAAAAGGAUGGCAAGUUUGGCCUUGUUGUUAGAGACGGGGUCAAGGCUAGGUUGUAA